GUAGAUUACUUUUGUUUUGAAAAGCAACCAGAAGUGUAAUUUGCCUGCGUAUUGUAGCGCUUGUCGUCUUCUCUACAAGAGCGUCUUCUUGAGUCUUGAAUUACUGAAGAUGCCGCAGACUUAUUCCUGUUUAACAAGCCUUGUUAACAUGAGGCUAGAGAGAUAAAAGAACGGCAUAAUUAAGCAGAUAGAGGUGAUGUGUUGUGUAUCCUGAAAUCCACUCUCGAAAGACAAAAUGAAGCGGAGGCUCCUUCGUGGUUUCUUGUCAGAGAUCUCCGUCCGCUUGGUGCUCUUUGUGGUUUUCCUAGUGACGGAGCAGCUUCCCCCUUUCUAUCGUGAGAUCCAGCCAGAGGAGAUGUGGUUAUAUAAAUUUCACCGUGCGCAGCAGGAUCACGUCCCCACGUCACUCAUGUUCAGCAUCGCUGUCUUUACGCCGCUGAUUGUCAUCCUGGUUUUUACCUUCAUGACAAAGUCAGAGCGAGGGGACGCAAAGGAAGCAUUACUGGGCGUGACUUUGACUCUUGUGCUCAACGGCGUCUUCACUAAUGUCAUCAAAUUAGCUGUUGGCAGGCCCAGGCCGGACUUCUUCUACCGCUGUUUCCCGGACGGGCAGAUGAACCUGGAGCUGCGCUGCACGGGCAACCCAGACGUGGUCAUGGAGGGCAGAAAGAGCUUUCCCAGUGGCCACUCAUCAUUUGCUUUUGCCGGGCUGGGCUUUACUGCCUUCUUCAUUGCCGGAAAGCUGCGAUGCUUCAACACAGCAGGCCAAGGCAGAGCGUGGAGGCUCUGCGCGUUCCUCACCCCUUUAAUUGCAGCGCUGACGAUCGCUCUCUCCAGAACCUGCGACUACAAACACCACUGGCAAGACGUGUUGGUGGGCUCUCUGCUGGGCCUGUCAUUCGCCUGGCUGUGCUACAGGCAGCACUACCCUGCACUUCACGAACCAGACUGCCACCGACCCCUGAGUCACAGAGAGGGUAUCCCUGCUGCACAGGAACGCAAGCUGGCCAACUCCAACUACAUCCUGCCCCUGUGAACAACAAACGGCAUCCUUUUUACUGGGGGCUGGGUAUCAUUUGAACCAUCAUGGAUGAAUGAAAUGUAAAGGGUGGUACAUGGGUUAUUUUCUUCACUAAAUGGACACAUGGAGUAGGAGACUUGGUAAAACAACCAUGGUAACCACCCCAUAGAGAGUCCACUAUCUCUGUUGGUGAUCCCAAAGGAUGAUUUUAGUUCAUAUCAGUAAUUAUAUGAUAAAGAUGGAGUGUAACACUUUUAUCUCAAUAUUUUAUCUUAAAUCAUGAUGUCAAUAUAUUUGUGUAAUUAUGAAAUGGUCUGUGGAUAAAAUAACAUUAACGUCAUAGAUUGCUGGUGGCCAAUCUAACUAACACCGGUGUUUUGCUUAGGACCUGGGACAAUUAAGGACAUGUUAGUGCCCAUAGAAACGGGUUUGGAAAAAAACCAAUACAUAAGUAUGUUGCCGGGGAAAAACAGCUCUCCCUUUUAAAAUUUGGCUGCUUUCACUUAUUAUUUGCCGGAGACUCACAAGUCAUUGUUACUUUUGUGUAACUUGUGUUUUCUUGGGAAAUAUUUGCCCAACUGCAGAGAUAAGCAGGCAUAAUCAACCGAUGCAUCUCAUAUAAAUAGCACUAACAGCUCUUGUUAAAUAGGGAAAUCACAAUCACAAUCCUGCCUCAAUAUCAUGAUCUUCCUGUCGUUUAUUUCCAAUAGAACCCUCACUUGAUUGGACUAUUACUGAUAUAUUUUCCAACUGAAAUAACCUCAACUGUAUGUUUUUGCCAGUGUUUUGUUUGCAUAUCUGCGUCAGUCUGUUAGCAGUGUCACUGAUUUCAGCAGGAAAAAAACAAGACAACAGUCCAGCUGUGACUAUUGUCACAAUGUUAACACAAAGAAAAUAGAUAUUUGUGACACAUACAGACUUUAUUUGGAGUUACUUAUUUUCCAUGGUGCUAGCAUCCCAGUGCUCCUGCUGGUCGGGUUCAUAUUUUGUGCAUAUUUGUCAGCAAUUAGAUUUUCACCAAUUUCAUGUAAGAGAAGGAGCAUACAUUAUGUUGUAUUUUUUUUGAAUUAUCUCUGUUUUAUUUUAUUAGAACGUUGAGAAGAAAAUAACCAAACUGUUUUUGUGUGAAACCCGCCAAAGUUUGCAGGGUAAAAGCAUUUUGCUGGUCACUGUGAACCCAACUUUAGUCAGCUGGUUCACAGCGUCUUUCAUGACAAAACUUGGCCGGGAUUUAGUGCCUUUUUAAAAAAUUAGUUUUCAGGUUUUCUUCUGCAACUUCACUUAUGUUUUGUCAAUGUGAAUGAUAAAGAUGAUGAUUAUUACCUAAA